AGUUAAUCUACAGCCAUUCAUUAGUACACAGCUAACACUUGUGUUAUUUAGUUCGUAUUAAUACCUUGACUAUUUUUCAUAUUUUGAUACAGAUUACAAAACUCAGAAAUAAUUAUGGCUAUCGAAAAUUUGGACGACGAUGCAAUAGUCAUUUCUGGAAUAUCUGGGAGAUUUCCUAAAAGCGACAAUAUAAAUGAAUUGAAAGAAAAUCUUCUGAGAGGUGUAGAUUGUGUCACCGCAGAUCACACAAGAUGGAAUAUAAAUAAUAAAAAUAUUCCAUCGCGUAUUGGGACGAUAUCAGAUAUAACGAAGUUAGACAAUGUUUUUUUCGGCGUCAAUACGAAACUCGUUAAGCAUAUGGAACCAACAAGCAGGAUUAUCAUGGAAGCUACGUACGAGGCGGUCUGUGAUGCUGGAAUAAAUCCUGCAGAGAUACGAAAUACGAAUACUGCUGUUUUUGGAACAUUGACCUUAAGCGAAUCAGAUAAAAGCCUCUUUUACGAGAAAUUGGAACAAAAUGGACAAAAUUUACUAGGAUGUUGUCGUGCUAUGGUAUCAAAUCGGAUCUCAUUCAUCCUGGGCUUAACAGGCACAAGCUGUACUCUCGAUUCUGCUUGCACAUCAAGCGCAUUGGCUAUUGCUAAAGCGUGCGAAACCAUAAAGAGUGGACUUUGCGAUAACGCAAUCAUUGAUUCUGGAAUCUUAGCAUUGCACCCACAAACAUCUUAUCAUAUGUAUGAAUUAGGUUUGUUGUCAACCGAUGGCGUGAAUAGAUCUUUUGACGCAAAAGCUUCUGGAUUCUCGCGAAGCGAAUCGAUAGGUAUUUUUUUCCUUCAGAAAGCUAAAGAUGCAAAGCGAAUUUAUGUUGAAGUUUUUAAUACAAUAACAAUGAACGGUGAAUCAUAUAUAAGAAGCAAUUGUAUAUUUCCGAAGAGCGAAUUCCAAGCGAAAAUUAUGAAGCAAACAUUGAAACAGUGCGGUUUAAAGCCUAGCGAUAUAAAUUACAUUGAGGCGGAUGGUACGGCGAUCAAGGAGGUAGAUCGCGAAGAAUUAAAGGCGAUAGAUCUUGUUUAUGGUCAAGAUCGAACUCCUUCUAAUCCUCUCCUAAUCGGUUCGAUCAAGUCGAACAUUGGUCAUACAUUUGGUAAUAAUACGAUGAAUUCGAUCAUCAAGGUAAUCAUUGCUAUGGAGACAGGAGUUAUACCUCCAAAUCUUCAUUACGACGAACCUCCGGAGGAUGCUAAAUGUCUUCGCGAUGGACGCGUAAAAGUCAUUACAAAACCAACACCUUGGACGGACGAUUACGCUGCCGUGAACACUUGCUCUAUCGGAGGUUCCUUUUCUCACGUUAUCUUAAAACGUUAUUCGAAAGAAAAAAAGAAGAGAGAGCUUUCACCAAAUAACAUGCCACGACUUUUUGUAGCUUCUGGUCGCUCGGAGAAAAUGAUUUCAUUGAUCUUUGACACUUUGAAGAAAAACCGUGGAGACGAUGAACUGGGUCAGUUAAUCUACGACAUAAAUACUAUACCAAUAAAUAAUAGUCUGUUCUGUGGCUAUACGAUAUUUUCAGAAGUUGAAAAAAAAGAACCAGCAAGAGAGAUUGAAGAAAUAACAUCUGUUUUAAACGAAUCUCGUGAUAUUUGGUUCAUUCUCUCCGGAAUGGGUUCGCAAUGGACUGGCAUGGGUAAAUCUUUAAUGAAGAUACCAAUCUUCGCAGAAGCAAUAAAAAAAUGCGAUACAGUUUUGAAACCUCGAGGAUAUGAUAUUGUGAAAAUUUUAUGUGACGAAGAUCCAACGAUAUACGAUAAUAUUAUAAAUUCUUUUUUGGGAAUAGCGGCUGUUCAAAUUGGCCUAGUGGAUGUUUUAUACGCAGUCGGUGUAAAACCAAAUUAUAUGAUCGGUCAUUCUGUGGGUGAACUGGGUUGUUCUUACGCGGAUGGUUGUUUCACCGCUGAGGAAAUGAUUUUGAGCGCUCUAUCUCGAGGUCUGGCAUCGAUAGAAAGCGAUUUGAUACAUGGGACUAUGGCAGCAGUUGGUCUUGGUUAUGAACAGGUGAGACAUCUUUGUCCCGAAGACAUCGAUGUUGCUUGUCAUAAUAGUGCUGAUAGUUCUACCAUAAGUGGACCAACUGAAUCCGUAAAAGCUUUUGUCAAAGAAUUACAGGAGAAAGGAAUAUUCGCUAAAAUCGUACCAACUAGUAAUAUUGCUUAUCAUAGUCGUUAUAUUGCACCAGCUGGUCCAAAGUUGUUGAAUUACUUGCAAAAGAUUAUUCUUCAACCGAAAAAUCGCAGUAAACGCUGGAUAUGCACGUCUAUUCCGAAAAAUGAUUGGAAUUCAAGUAAAGCGAUACUGUCGUCAGCGGAAUAUCAUACCAAUAAUCUUCUUUCUCCUGUUUUAUUCGAAGAGGUAUUAAAAAUGAUACCAAAUAACGCUGUAACCAUUGAAAUUUCACCUCAUGGACUUCUUCAGCCCAUUCUUAGAAAAUCGUUGCACGAAAAUUGCAUUAAUUUAUCAUUAACAAGACGUGGCCACGAGGACAAUACGUCUUUACUUCUAACCAGUCUAGGAAAACUUUAUAAUCUUGGAUAUCUUAUAACACCAGGAAAGCUUUAUCCGCGAGUCCCAUAUCCUGUUUCUAACGGUACUCCAUCGAUUUCUCCUCUCUUCGGUUGGGAACAUAGCGUCGAUUGGUACACAAAUUUCUACGAAGACAAGAAUGAACUAAAUAGGGAACAGACAAUUAAAAUUAAUCUAACGUCCCCGGAAUAUAAUUUUUUAAAGGACUUUAGAAUUGGUGGAGAUGUGAUUCUACCUUUUAGUGUAUAUUUAAAACUGAUUUAUAAUGUUUAUGCAAAUAUAAUAAGAAGGGAGGAUGAUGAUGAUACAUCGAUUGUAUUUGAGAAUAUUUUUAUUCACAAUGUAUUACUAAGAGUGCCUGUCGAUAAUGAUAUUGGAUUAAUCGUCAUGUUGAUGAUAGGUACGAAUAAUUUUGAAAUAAAAAACAUGCAUGGAAAUAUAAUAAUGUCUGGAAAUAUAAAGACAACGAAAGUACCAGCUACCGAAGUUCCUGAUAUUAGUUCAUUGAAAGAAGAAAGUGUAAUUUUAACGAAAGAAGAUAUUUACACUGAUCUACUUUUACGUGGUUAUGAGUAUGGAGAAUAUUAUAAUGUUAUAAGCGGAUUGUCUUCGUCAUGUUCCAAUGGUACGAUUACAUGGAACGAAAAUUGGUCGCUUUUAUUAGAAGGAUUAUUUCAAGUGCUUAUUUUCAAUAGCGAUAGUAAAAAUAUUUUGAUGCCAUAUACGAUACAAAAGAUCGUCAUCAAUACGAAACAAUUUACAAAAGAAAUGAACAAAAGCAUACUAUCAAUAAAAUACGACAAACGACUUAACGUGAUAACUUGCAUAGGAAUUGCUAUGAAUAAUAUCAAAUUUAAGGAAGUAGCAUCACCAGAUUUAAGUUUCAAAAUACAAGCAAAUGAAGUUCGAUUUAUACCAAAUGUUGACAAAAUGGAGAUGAAUAUGAUUGAUGUUUGCUACGUGAUAUUGGAAUUACUUUCGGAAAAUAUUUAUGAAAAUACUAAAAGAAAGAUAAUAGUAAUGCAAGAAAGAAAGCAGGAUCAAGAAAAUAUUUUAGAGUGUCUCGAAAAAACCUUGAGGAUGACACAGGAAAACUUCGAAAUACAAUGCAUUGCUAAAGAGAAUCUUAAGCAAACGCUUGACCAAAAUUUUAAUUUGAUAAUCAUCGACAGCACCCAUUUUAACGAUAUAAAGAAUUUUAUUAAUAAUAUCAAUACAGAAUCAUUUCUAUUGACAAUUAUAAAAACGGAAGAUCAAGAUAGAGUAAUUACCGCAUUCACAAAUAUAGGAUUAAAUCUCGUUCUAAAAAAGAACAUAGCUUUUGAUCGUACGAUAUUACUUCUACGAAAACUUGAGAAUGCAAAGAAACCAAUUGUCAUUAAAAGUCAGGACAAUUGUAUUGAUGAACUGAAGAAAAGUUUAAGAGAUUCGAGAUAUGACAAAGUCAUCUUUUUGACGAAUACUGUUACAGGAAAUGAUAUAUUUGAAACACUUCGAGUCUUGAAAGAAGAGUCAGGAUACAAGAAGCUUCAAAUUUUCGAUCUACAAGAUACAAAAGCACCGAAAUUUUCGCUUGAAAGUACAUUUUAUCGAAACCAGAUGAAAUUAAACCUUCGUCAGAACGUAUUGUCGCCUGAUAGUAAAUGGGGCACGUACAGAUGGAUGCCAUUAUUUGAGAAAUCUACAUCUUCACCGCGUUGGCGAGUUAAUAUUGAGAAAUCAGGUUCAUUAACCUUGAUGGAAGAAUUACCAUUGAUCAAGGAGAAGAAUAAAAGUACUGUAAAAGUAGAGUGUGCUGCAUUCGAUUUAAAUAUUUACGAGCAUUGGUUGGACAAUGACAUCAGUUUAAAUUCUCAGAUAUCUAUCACAGAAUAUUCAGGAACAGACGAAAAAGGUCGCAGAGUAAUGGGACUUGUUCGGAAUUUAACAACGAGUAAUGAGAUUUGCCCCGAUCCAGAUUUUACUUGGAUCAUUCCAGACUCUUUGACCUUCGAAGACGCUGCAACGAUUCCUCAAGCUUAUUUGGCAGCUUUCGCUAUUUUACAUUCAAACAAAUAUUGGUUUAAAAGAAUCAAAACUAUUAUGAUACACUUUGGUGCUAGUGAUCUAGGACAGGCUCUUAUUAAUUUAUCUUUAUUCUAUAAAUUUGAUGUCUAUACGACUUACGAAACGGAUGCCGAAAAACGAGUCAUCCAGUCGAUUCGACCACGUAUACCGGAUUCUCAUAUUAUUUAUAUCAAUAACUGUGUUGCUCACUGUAAGAGUAUGACUAGAGGUGAAGGCGUAGAUCUCGUAGUUGCAAGCUAUUCGAUAUUGAACGAUCUUGAAUCUUGUCUAGAUAUUAUUAAAACACAUAGAAAUAUAAUAAUCGUUUUCGAUUCUAAAAGAAAUAUUCACAAAUCUUUUGGCACAUUUAACUUUCUAAACGACAUUAGUCUUUCUAGCUAUUGUUUACAAAAUCUACUUAAUUUUUCACCGGAUAAAAAUAGAGAAUUAGCGGAUAUGAUGAGAACGGCUAUACAAGCAGGUAACUUAAAACCGUUAAUAUCUCGAAGAAUUCAUCUUCCAAAAACCAAGUUGGAAAAAAAGAUUGAAGCUUGUGAAUGUUAUGGAAAGGUUCUCAUAAAUUUAAAAGAACUAAAGAAAUGCUCUCGUUUCGUUCCUCGUCUUUUUUUCUCUAGCGACAAAUGUUUCUUUAUCAUCGACGGUUUCAAUACUUUUGGCAAAGCGGUGAUCGAAUGGAUGAUCGAACGAGGAGUUCGAAAAUUAUUGAUAGCUUCUAAUAAGUCUAUCAGAGAUCAUACGAACCGUGUACUUAAAUGGCGUGAAAGUGGAGCGACGGUGAUCGUUCGCGAAGAAGUUGAUAUGAGCAAAGCAACAAACGUUAAUAAUUUGCUAGAAGAAGCUGCUUCUCUUGGUCAACUCGAAGCUAUCUUUGACUUACAAAGAACAUCAAUGGAUUUGUCAACUUCUCCUCCUGAAUGUUCCAAAGUCACUGAAAUACUUGACAAAGAAAGCAGAAAAGUCUGUCCGUCAAACGUAAAAUUCUUCGUUUUCUCAUCACCCGAUUUGAACGAUGAUUGUUCAAGAGACUCUAUCGUGGAGAGAAUAUGUAAAAAAAGAAUGGAGUGUGGUCUUCAUGGAUUGUUUAUGUUAUUGACUAAUUCGAUUGAAAUUAAACGUUCAAAGUCUCCAUUUAUGAAUACAUUCUAUACAGGAAUCUCGUUGUUUCUACAACAACUAAAUACUUUUCUCGCCGCAAAUACUUCACUAAUUAAUGUGCGCUUGAAAAGUGCGACAAGACGUGCCAUUGAUAGUGAGUCGAAUUUCAUUACUGCUAUAGAUGAAGAGGAGGAAACUGAUGGAAUUGAGAAUCUUUCUGAAGAAGAUAGACGUUUUCUUACGUAUAUAAACUCUACGACUGUGUCGAAUCGAUCUUUGCUUAUACAAAAUUUAUAAACGAUUUUCUUCUUUAAUCGUUUCAAUUAAAGGCUGACAGACAUGAUAAUAUACCUUGAAGAAAAAAAAAAUGUUGUAUAAUUAUUAUGCAUAUUUCCAUGUAUAAUACAUAUUGAAACUUUUAUAAAAACACUUACAGAAAUACAUCUAUAUGAAUGUAUCUGAUAAUUUAUCAAAACAACGAUUUAUUUAUGAUUAAACUCAUAAAACAUAACUUUUAUUCGAUUCUCUAAUAAAGCUUACUUUCAAUAUAAAUUAUGUUUCUACAGUGUUUUGAAAAGCUUAAAUUUGAAGUGAUGAAAGUUGUUCAAAUUAGAUAAAUAAUAAAACAAUACGUAAACCUUGUUAAAUGAAUUUUUAUCUACAACAGAAUGACAUGAUAUUUAUAUCUAUGGUAAUCUACACAUAAUGUAGAAGAAUUUCAUCGAAUAUUAUAAUAGAAUAAAUGGAAUUUAUUAAAUGGCAGAACUAUGUACAGAGUUUUAUUGUUAGAAAAACAACGAAUAAAAAUAUUCUUACUAUGAGUCACUUCCAAAAAAAAGUUUACGCUUCGAUGUUCAUAAGAUAAGUUAGAGAAAAAAAUGUUAUGAAUGAAUUAAUAACAGAAAUUAAAAAGUCUGCUAUUGCUGUUUUAACGUCAUUCUAUUAUUCAUAACGUAUUAUUCAUUCAUGACUUUUUCACUUGUCUUGCAUAUAUUGACUUAUUGAACCUUUGUUAUUUAUCAUAUUUUCAUGCAGACUUAAAUGAUUAAGGCAAAUGCAAAAUCGAAAUAAAUAAAAAAAUAUCAGGAAUGUUAUAAAAGAAUAAAAUAAUCAUGAAAUGGUUU